AACGGUCUUAACUCCGUCCUGAGUCCGGGAGGAGGAGAAAUAGAAAAAGCUCAAAAGGAAAGAAGGCGAUGGCGCCCCUCGACUGCAACACGGACUGCGUGGAGAGGCCCUUGUCGCGUCUGCUGCGGCACUUAGGGGCCCUAGUGGGCGCGCACCCGUGGCCCUUCCUGCUUCUGCCCUUGGCGCUCUCGGCCGCUUUGGGCACCGGCUUCGGGUUCCUGAAGAGCCUGGAGGACAACGACAUCGAGCGCCAGUUCACGCCGCUCGGGGGCCACGCCAAGGGCGAGCGGCGCUUCGUGCAGGAGCACUUCACCACCGACGACGCGCGGCGCUUCUCCGGCGAGAGGCUGACCACCGAGGGCUCCUUCGCCGCCUUCAUCGCCGUGGCCCGCGACGGAGGCUCGCUCCUCACCCGGCAGGCCUUCGCCGAGCUGCUGGCGCUGGACAAGGCGGUGUGGGAGCUCCGCGACCCCGCGCUCCCCUUCGCCCAGCUCUGCGCCCGAGGCAUCCCCGGCUCCAACUGCAGCAGCGCCAACCCGCUGCUGAGCGCCGUGGGAGGCGACCCGGCCCGGAUAGAGGCGCUGCUGCCCGACCUCACCUUCCCGCUCUACGCCCCUCCGUCCUUUCCCCAUCCCGUUUUCUUGGGCGUCUUUCUGGGAGGCCUCGACCUGGCCCCCGGGGGUGGGACGGCGCGCCCCGUGCGGGCAGCCAAAGCGCUGCGCCUCUUGUACUACUUGCAGGAGGAUGAGGCUACUCGGAGAAACGACAGCGCGCUCUGGCUCCGGAUGUUUCUGGAGCGCAUCCCGGGUGUGGUGAAAUCCUUGAACCUGGAAACCAUCCAGGCUGGACUGUGUACGGACAAAAGUGUGGGUUGCAGCUUUUGGGGUGCUGUCAGCGGGCUUAUCUGUCGUCAGCAGCUUUGGAUUGCUGCUCUUAUGUGGGGUGCCGUUUGUUGUCACAGUUGCAAAUUCGCCAUUUCUUAUCCUUGGGGUUGGUGUUGAUGAUAUGUUCAUCCUGGUGUGUUGCUGGCAGCAGACUCAAGUGAAGGACAGUGUCAGAGAUCGAAUGGCUGAC